AUUGUUCUGAUGACAGGCCUGGAAUGUGGCGGUUAAUUCCCUGGGGAGUAGGGGGCUCAGCAAGGGCUGCCGCUGUUGAGCAAACUUCAGUACCCCCUUAUCAAAAACAAAAACAAAAACAAAGCCACUCUGCUUUCUAGUCAAGGUUGAAAAAGCUCCUUGAACAAGAAAAGGCUUACCAAGCCCGCAAAGAAAAGGAAAACGCCAAACGCCUCAACAAACUAAGAGAUGAGCUUGUCAAACUCAAGUCCUUUGCACUCAUGCUGGUGGAUGAAAGACAAAUGCAUAUCGAGCAGCUCGGCCUGCAAAGCCAGAAAGUACAAGAUCUUACUCAGAAACUGAGGGAAGAAGAAGAAAAGCUCAAGGCCAUCACUUCCAAAUCCAAAGAAGAUAGACAGAAAUUGCUGAAGUUAGAAGUGGACUUUGAACACAAGGCUUCGAGGUUUUCUCAAGAGCAUGAAGAGAUGAAUACCAAGCUGGCUAACCAAGAGUCUCACAACAGACAGCUGAGACUCAAGCUGGUUGGUUUAACCCAAAGAAUUGAGGAGCUGGAAGAGACCAACAAAAACCUUCAAAAGGCAGAGGAGGAACUUCAGGAACUGAGAGAUAAAAUUGCCAAAGGGGAAUGUGGAAACUCCAGCCUCAUGGCCGAGGUGGAAAGUCUCCGAAAGCGUGUGCUGGAGAUGGAGGGAAAAGAUGAAGAGAUCACGAAGACGGAAUCCCAAUGCAGGGAGCUGAGGAAGAAGCUGCAGGAAGAAGAACAUCACAGCAAGGAGCUCAAGCUCGAAGUGGAGAAACUGCAGAAGAGAAUGUCUGAACUGGAGAAACUGGAAGAAGCAUUUAGCAAGAGUAAGUCUGAAUGCGCCCAGCUACAUCUAAGUCUGGAGAGGGAAAAGAAUUUAACCAAAGACCUGCUCAAUGAAUUGGAGGUGGUCAAGAGUAGAGUUAAAGAACUGGAAUGUUCUGAAAGCAGACUAGAAAAGGCUGAAUUAAGCUUAAAAGACGAUCUUACAAAGGUGAAGUCAUUUACCGUGAUGCUAGUGGAUGAAAGGCAAAACAUGAUGGAAAAAAUAAAGCAAGAAGAGAGAAGAGUGGAUGAGCUCAACCGAAACUUCAAGGUGGAACAAGGAAAAGUUAUGGACGUCACUGAAAAGCUCAUCGAAGAGAGCAAGAAGCUUUUGAAACUGAAAUCUGAAAUGGAGGAAAAGGUGUACAGUUUGACAAAGGAGAGAGACGAGUUGAUUGGCAAGCUGAAAAACGAAGAAGAAAAGUCCUCUGAGCUAAGCUGCAGUGUUGACUUACUAAAGAAGAGACUUGAUGGUAUGGAGGAAGUAGAAAGAGAAAUAACAAGAGGGAGGGCUCGGAAAGGACCCGAGCUCACCUGCCCGGAAGACAAUAAGAUUAAGGAGUUGACCCUUGAGAUCGAGAGACUGAAGAAACGUCUCCAACAACUGGAGGUGAUCGAGGGGGAUUUGAUGAAAACCGAGGAUGAGUAUGACCAGCUGGAGCAGAAAUUUAGAACUGAGCAGGAUAAGGCGAACUUCCUCUCUCAACAGCUGGAGGAGAUCAAGCACCAGAUUGCCAAGAACAAAGCAAUAGAGAAAGGGGAGGCUGUGAGCCAGGAGGCUGAACUGAGACACCGAUUUCGGCUGGAAGAAGCUAAGAGUCGAGACUUAAAGGCUGAAGUGCAAGCUCUUAAGGAGAAGAUUCAUGAAUUAAUGAACAAAGAAGAUCAGCUUUCUCAGCUCCAGGUAGAUUAUUCUGUCCUCCAACAAAGAUUUAUGGAAGAAGAAAGCAAGAACAAAAACAUGGGGCAGGAGGUCCUGAAUCUCACCAAAGAGCUGGAGCUCUCCAAGCGCUACAGUCGUGCUCUCCGGCCCAGUGUGAAUGGAAGGAGAAUGGUGGACAUCCCCGUGACAUCGACAGGGGUCCAGACGGAUGUGGUCAGCAGUGAAGCCGCAGAGGAAGAAACACCGGCCGUGUUCAUACGGAAAUCCUUCCAAGAAGAAAAUCAUAUCAUGAAUAAUCUUCGGCAGGUGGGACUGAAAAAACCUAUGGAGCGGUCCUCUGUCCUAGACAGGUAUCCCCCAGCAGCAAAUGAGCUCACCAUGAGAAAGUCUUGGAUUCCAUGGAUGAGAAAAAGGGAAAACGGGCCCCCAGGCGCUCAGGAGAAAGGGCCUCGAGCCAAUCCCAGUCCGGGACACCCAGGAGAGCUAGUCCUCUCACCAAAGCAGGGCCAGCCCCUGCACAUUCGGGUGACACCGGACCACGAGAACAGUACUGCAACCUUGGAGAUCACGAGCCCGACAUCGGAGGAGUUUUUUUCCAGUACCACCGUCAUUCCUACCUUAGGGAGUCAGAAGCCAAGAAUAACCAUUAUUCCAUCACCGAAUGUCAUGUCUCAAAAACAAAAAAGUGGAGACUCUGUUCUUGGCCCCGAGCGAGCCAUGUCCCCGGUCACGAUCACCACGUUUUCUCGAGAGAAGACCCCAGAAGGUACAAGAGGCCCUUUUGCAGACAGGCCCACAUCCCCCAUUCAGAUCAUGACGGUGUCUACGUCGGCAGCACCAGCUGAGGCUGCAGCCUCUCCCGAAUCCCAGGAGAUGCCCGUGGGAAGGACUGUCCUCAAAGUCACCCCAGAGAAACAGACUGCUCCAACUCCAGUGCGGAAGUACAACUCCAAUGCCAACAUCAUCACCACGGAAGACAACAAGAUUCACAUCCACCUGGGCUCUCAGUUCAAGCGGUCCCCAGCGCCUUCCACAGAGGGGGUGAGUCCGGUUAUCACUGUCCGGCCGGUCAACGUGACGGCCGACAAAGAGAUUGCCACCGGCACAGUCCUUCGCUCUCCCAGGAAACACCUCUCCUCACGACCUGGGGCAAGCAAGGUGACCAGCACCAUCACCAUCACCCCGGUCACUACCUCCUCUGCCAGAGGAACCCAGUCAGUGUCAGGACAAGACGGGUCAUCCCAGCGGCCUACGCCCACCCGCAUUCCCAUGUCAAAAGGUAUGAAAGCAGGAAAGCCAGUAGUGGCAGUCCCAGGAGCAGGAAAUCUGACCAAAUUCGAGCCUCGGGCUGAGACUCAGUCUGUGAAAAUAGAGCUGAAGAAAUCCACAGCCGGCAGCGCUACCUCUCUUGGAGGGGGGAAGGGCUGAGGGCAGUGCUGAGGGGGUAUGUUGUGCAGAUUCUACGGCUGCCGUGAAUGCUGGUCUUCCUCUGAUUGUGUCAACUGUUUGCAUGCACUAAUUUAAGCUUUGAACAUUGUGAUCGUAAAAUAACCAACUAAUAGCCACGUGUCUUUUCUAUCUUGUGCAUUGGCUUUAAUGCUGGGAACAGAACAAAUUAGCAGCACCUCUGUUUGCAGCCCGAGGCAGGGCCUGGCUUCUAGUCUCAGUUUUGCUUCUAGCAAGUGGACCCUUCAGUGAAGCCAUCUCAGUUUCCUCAUCAGUGAGAUGUGGGCUGGAUCACAUGCUCUCUGGGACUGGCUCCCAGAUCUCCUAACUCUAAGCCAAAUGUGACAGACCACAUUCCACAAUCAUUUUUUAUUUUUCAGAAAUUAGUUUAACAAUUGUCAUUUGCCUCUAUCGCACCCUUAAUUUGCUUUAUGUGCUGGGGGAAAAAAAGAAAGAAAACAUAACAUGGCUAUCACAGAGCCUGGACCACCAAAAUUUUGCCAAAACAAAAGCCUCUAAGAUGAUUUCAGGAAAUAAUCUGAAUGUGAAAUAAAACAGAAAUGAAACCUGGAAUCCUAAAAA